UGGCAGCGGGCUCUGGCGCUGCUCAGCAACAUGAGGGGGGCGAAGUUGGAGCCCGGCCCCACCUGCUACAUCCCUGUGAUUGGGGGGUACGGGAAAGGCAUGCAAUGGCAGCGGGCUCUGGCGCUGUUCAGCGAGAUGUGGGAGAUGAAGCUGGAGCCCGACGUCAUCAGCUACAACGCUGCGAUCAGCGUGUGCGAGAAGAGCCGGGAGUGGCAACGGGCCCUGGCGCUGCUGAGCGAAAUACGGGAGGCGAAGCUGACGCCCUGCGCCCAGUCAGUUACACCGCUGGGAUGAGCGCGUGCGAGAAGGGGGGGCCGUCGCCCGACACGAGGGACGCCCAGUGGCAACGGGCGGUGGCACUGCUCAGUGAGAUGUGUGGGGCGAAGUUGGAGCCCAACUUUGUCAGCUACAGCGCUGUGAUUAGCGCGUGCGAGAAGGGCGCGGAGUGGCAGCGGGCUUUGGCGGUGUUUAGUGAGAUGCGGGAGGUGAAGGUGAAGCCCGACUCCGUCGCUUACAGCGCUGUGAUCAGUGCGUGCGCGAAGGGCGCGGAGUGGCAGCGUGUUUUGGCACUGCUCGGCGAGACGUGGGAGGCGAAGCUGGAGGCCAGCGUCAUUAGCUACAGCUCUGGGAUCAGCGCGUGCGGCACGGGCUUCCAGUGGCGCUGGGGCCUGGCCCUGCUCAGCGAGAUGCGGGAGAUGAGGCUGGAGCCCGAUAUCACUACAGCGCCGGGAUAA